AUGGCUCCGAGCAAGUCGUCCAAAGCGAGCAAGGACUCCAAGGACUCCAAGGACUCCAAGGGCAACCACAGAGGGGGCGCAAGCAGCAGGCCCUUGCUCGCCGCCAAGAUUGUCGAAGUGCGCGACACGUAUGGCAAGAUGUCGGCGAAAGCACGUGGAGUCCGCAUCCAUACCGGGCCCUUGGAGCUGCGAAAGGCCCUGGAGCCCAGGGACACCACAGAGUGGGUGAGGUCCAUGAAGCAACCCUACUCCACUUUGGAGCCGCGACCUCAGAUUUGUGCCUACACCCGAGUGCAGCUGAGGGCCAACUUUUCGAGAUCAUGUGAUGAUUUCUACCACUCUGGAAAUUGUCUCUGGGGCGGGCCUGGGUCGGGGCUGCGAUGCCUCCAGACCCCUUAA